AUGGUCAUCAGUUCAACUUUAACAACUCAACUCGAAGAUAUACAUGCACCAGUACCAUUAAGUCGAACUCGACCAAGAUCAGUACCAGUUUAUACAUUAAAAUCACCUACAACUACACCAAGUCCAUCUCGUUUAGAACAGAAUCGACGUCAUCAUCAAAAGAUAUCUGUUGAAGAUAAACCACCAUUUAUUAAUUUUGCUUCGGCAUAUAUUAAUCCAUAUCGUCCUUUAAGUCCUGUUCCUGUUUAUCAUCAUUCUCGUCGUCAUUCUCGUUCGAGAAGUAGAAAUUCAAAAAGGAAACCUAAAAAUCAAAGAUCAUCUGUUGAUUUAAUUCACAAAAAUGAAGACGAUAAUAAAAUUCAUGAAGAUACUAUCGCAACAAAAUUAACAAGAAAUUAUCAUUCUGUUGAAAUAAGCCCUUCGGAUCCAAAUGCUUUUGAUAUGAGAUUUUGUCACAAACGUCAAAUGAUAAUUGAUAAUCCAUUUUAUCGUGAGAAAGUUGACUCAUGGAAAGUUUCAUCUAUUAAUCAUUUAAUUACAUUAAUCAAAGAUUUAACAGUAGAAAAAAAUAUUACUGAUCGUAUUUGGGUUAUUUAUUAUUGGAUUUCACAAAAUAUUCAAUACGAUAUUGAUACAGAUUUUAAUAGUCAUCAUCGAUAUCAAACAGCAGAAGAUAUUUUUCGUGCUGGUAAAAGUACAUGUGAAGGUUAUGCUUCAAUUUUUAAAAUCUUAUGUGAUAAUCUUAAUAUUUCAUGUGAAAAAAUUCGUGGUUAUGCAAAAGAUUUCUUUUUUAAAAUCGAUAAACCAACAUUUUCUCAAAUAAAUCAUACAUGGAAUGCUGUACAAUUAAAUAAUAAUCAUUGGUAUUUAAUUGAUUCAGCAUGGGGUACUGGUUAUAUUGAUAAUUAUCAUAAAUAUAAAAAAGAACUUAAAACUCAUUAUUUUUUAACUCAUCCUGAACAUAUGAUUUAUAAUCAUUUACCAGAAGAAUCUCAAUGGCAAUUACUUUCAAAACCAAUUACUAUGGAUGAUUAUAUUCAUCUUCCACAUAUACAUUCAUAUUAUUUUACAUAUAAUCUUAAUAUUAUUUCUCCACGUUUUUCAAGUAUAGUUUCUUAUAAUACAAAUCAAUCAUUUGCUGAAGUAUUAAUACAAGCACCAGAUGAUAUUCAAUUAACAUGUUCAAUUAAAGAUGAUAUUCGAAGUACUAGUCUUACUCAAUAUGAUAUUAGUCGUCAAGUAUGGCAAUGUUUAUUUGCACCACAUAAAAGUGGUUUUCAUACAUUAAUUAUUUUUGCUAAACAAAUAUCAACAAUAAAUUUAUUGAAAAAUGUUAUUGAAUUAGGAGUAAAUGUACAUUCAAAUGAUUUAAUUAAAGGUAAAAUAUUACCAAUGACUUUUGGAAAAUUUACUGAAUAUAAAUGUCAAAUUUUAUCACCACUUAAUGGGAUUCUUAAACGUGGUACGAAAGUAACUAUACGUUGUCGUAUUCCACAUGCAUCUUGUGCACGAAUUUCACUUGAUGGUGUUUGGUCAGAUGAAGUUCCAUUAAAAAAUGAUAUGUUUAGACAACGAAUUAAUGUACCAGAACAAGAAGUGAUUGUUUAUGCUAAAUUUCAUAAUAAAAAAAUGCAUAAAACUUAUGAUGGACUUAUUCGAUAUAUAGUCGAAAACUAA